AGUGCCUGCCCGCGUAAUUGUGCAGGGAGUCCGUUGCAUUUGCGCAGGGAAGCAACCAUGCCGCCGUUCAAAGAUGAGCAUGUGCUCAUUAUUGCGCCAGGUUCACAUAUCACCUCCGCGCAACUCGGCUUGGCCGAGACCUUCACUCCGCCACGAUAUCGAUUUCCUACCCGCAUGUUCCCUGGCACGAGUCCUAACGAAUGGGAGCCUGUACGAAUACGCACCAAAACGAUUACGGUACCAAAAGCACCACAAGCAGCCCAGAACGGGCCACCCAAAGUCGAAUCGACCACCACCGCUCUACCGAACAAUGAACCACCGUCGGAACCGCCAACCAAGGUCGAGGCUCCCAGUACCGCACAGUCAAUUGGGCAGCCACCAUCUACAGAACAAGUGCCCGUUGAGCCACCUAAGGCUGAGCAGACUGAUGGCGAGCCUGUGCCCCCUGUGGACGUGGAGAUGAAAGAGGCUCCAGACGGCGCGAAAACAGAAUCGGACACUACGACAAAUGGCGCCAAGGUAGAAGCAGAGGCUGCCAAUGGCACAAUACCUCCGAUCGAGACUACAAGUAAUGCGAAACCAGACCCUGAACCUGCUGGUGGCGCGAAGCCGGACGCUGACGUUGAGAUGAAAGAAGUACCUGAACCAGACCAACCGCAAGAUGUCGAAGAAGAGACGACUGAAGCGUUUGAGGAUGACCAUUGGUCUACUGAGGGUGCUGUCUUUCCCAUACGGGAGGGUCGCAUAGAGAAUUGGUCAUGCUUCUUCGCGCUCCUGUCCCACAUCUACAACAUGAUCUCCCCUCCAUUUCACAUGCCCGUGCUCUUUGUCUCACAACCAUGCUGGUCAGCGCGGGAUUGUGAGAUGAUUACUCAAUAUGUCUUCGAGAAUUGGAAAAUCCCGGCUUUCUGUCUGAUGGAUGCUGCUCUUACUGGUAUCUACGCCUAUGGAGUACCCACAGCGUUAGUGGUGGACGUUGGACAUGGAAAGACCGAUGUUACCGCUGUGACGGAAUUCCAAGUCAAUGAUAUCGGCCGAGCGAUUGCCAUACCAGGCUGUGGUGGACGGAACAUGACUCAGCGAUUACAGCAAGCCCUUGAGAGUCAGGGCUUCGAUGAAGAUAUGGCCGAGCAACUGAAGAAGAGUCCCAUAUGCGAGAUACUGCCGCUAGGAGUGGCUUACCCGCAGGCAAAUGCCAACAGCACGGCCCCGAAUCCUGCGGCCGCUGCUUCUACUGGAGCGUUGGAUUCGGGUAUCAAUGCUAAAGAUGGUGAUGGAGUGAGACCUGGUCAAGCUCCUAGAGGUCCUGGAUUUGGCACAAUGGUGGGAGAGGAAGCGACAAAUGGCGACGACGAAGACAAUGAAGGAGUAUUGGACGUUGCAGCAAUUGUUGCCCGCGAUAAUGCCGCGGAAUUGCUUGCUAAACGUGAAAAAGAGAAGGCUGAAAAGGCGGCUGCUGCGAAAAAGGGAGCAUCUACAGAAGCAGCGAGACAGCUUCGGUUGAAGAAUUCGAACAAAGACCGUGCGACAUUCACGUAUACCGAACAUCUUCCAAUCGAGGAGAAUGGUGACACCAAUCCGACAAGUCGAAAACGAAAGAGAGAAAUCGAAGUAGGAGUGGAACGUUUCAUGGCAGCAACACCACCGCCUGGCAUGACCGAAGGCAUUAUCGACACAAUUGCUGAGGCUGUCCAUCAUACUGUUUUGAGUGUUCCCGAUAUCUCUACGCGAUCCGCACUGUGGGAGAAUUUGAUUAUCCUGGGCAAUGGGAGUCGCAUAAGAGGUUUCACUUCCAGUCUCCUGUCCGUUCUCAACUCGAGAUACGUCCUAUCUCCAUCAACCGCAACCAUCUUCACCUCCGAAUUACCGUCCAACUUUACCACGCCUGUCGCCACCCCAGGCACCAAUACUCCCAUCCCUGGACAGGGCCACUCACUACCGAACGCAGGUGGGCACGGUGUCAAUCCUCUUCUCGUUGCGGCCACCAAGAACAUGAUGCAACCGAAUCAGCAUCUGCAAGUCCCUGGACAGAUCCAAGCUGGGUUAGAUCCCAGCAUGCAUUUCAGCCACAGAGGGUUUAGUCAGUCACCUACGUCGAUAAAGACGGUGAAACCACCCGAAUACUUUCCCGACUGGAAGGACCCUAGCGUCAGUGGUAUGGAAGAAGCGGGAUUCCUGGGAGCGCAAGUUGCUGCCAAGGUUGUCUUCAUGGUCGAUCAAGGCAACAGCAAGGGAUUCCUCACCAGGAGUGAGUACAAUGAUUUAGGACCUGCAGGGAUUCAUGAGUGUGCGUUAUAGUGUUCGCAACGAGGUCCUGGAACGGUUUUGUAUUUCAAUACUGCUGCGGUGCUGGUUGGUCGUCGGAUCUAGCGUGAAGCCGGAUGAGGGUUGGGUGUUGUGACGAGCGUCUGUUAAGAUCUAUCACGGGAAUCAUUGGUGUCCAUGGUUUGUUUACGGGUACUAGAUGGCGAUUGGGUGAGCGACAUGGAGCAUUCAAUGACAGAACAAUCACCAGUGGGAUUGCGUGAGGCCGGUCAAAAGAGAAUGUUUGGAAAUUGUGGCAUGAAUGGCAGUACCCUGUAGAAAUCAACUGUCGUGUCCGUGUUGGAGAGCCCUUUUGGCAGAGACCCAAAAAUCCAUAUCAUGAACUGCAUGGAGUUGUUUUUCCCAACCUCCUUGAAAUUACCUAAUAUGUGUG